AUGAACCGACUUACCUCAUGCCAGCCGAAAACUUCCCAACCAGUCGAGCCCGAUUCAGACGCUGAUGCAGAGCCGUCGCCAGCGGCCACUGCACCACUUCGCAGCGGUCCGCUACCCGAGAGUCAGUCCCUAGUGGAGGCAUUGCAACAAAUGUCCAACUAUGCCAAGUUCUUGAAGGAUGUGGUCGCUAAAAAGAGAAAGAAGCUCAACAUUGACAACAUCCGUCCUACUUCUAUCACUUUGCAGAUGGCAGACAGAAGCACAACAACAUCAAGGGGGAUUGUAGAAGAUGUUCUGGAGGACAAGAAGGUGCAUUUGAUAAUUGGGAGAUCAUUUUUAGCCACCGGGGGAGCCAUGAUAGAUGUACAGAAGGGGGAGCUAACAUUGCGGAUGCAUAAUGAAAGUAUCACCUUCAACAUCUAUGAUGCUUUGAAAUUCUAUGGGAAGGAAGGAGCAGAAGGCUAUCAAGAGUGCAGCGUCAUCCAAAUAGUCACGGAUUGUGUGGGGGAAGUGGAAGUCACAUACCACCAAACUCAGGACCCUUUAGAAUCUUUUCUCAUAAAUUCUUUCACUCCUACUACUGAUUCAUCUACCUGCGAUGCAAAUGUGUGUGCUAUGAUUGCAGAACUCGAGGUCCUUCCCAAAAGAAUCCCUCAAAAAGGGAACGCAUUCUUGCCAUUACGCACCCCCGAAGAAGAGGAAGAGAGGAAGAAGGCAUUAGGAAAACCACGAGGACCGCAUAAGGUAGAAUUGAAGCCACUCACAGAGCACCUCAGACUAGGGAGAUAUGAUUACCACUGUUUCUUGGAUGGUUAUUCUGGUUAUAAUCAAAUUGCAAUUGCUCCCGAGGAUCAACAUAAGUCUGCCUUUUCUGUUUUUGGAAAGUCUUAUGAUCAUUGUCUUGACAAUUUGGCUAAGGCUUUUGAGGACUUGAAGAAGGCUUUAGUGAGUGCUCUCAUUCUCAUCACCCCCGAUUGGAGCCAACCAUUUGAAAUCAUGUGUAAUGCAAGCGACAUUGCCGUUGGUUCCCCCUUGGGGCAGAAGAGAGAUAAAAUUUUCAGAGUCAUUUAUUAUGCUAGUAGAACUUUAGAUUCUGCACAAGUUAAUUAUACGACCACAGAAAGGAAGAUGCUUGCUAUAGUUUAUUCUUUUGAUAAAUUCAAAGCUUAUCUUGUUGGGACUAAGACCAUUGUGUACACUAACCAUGCAGUUAUUAGGCACUUGCUUGCAAAGAAGGACGCAAAACCGACUCAUUCGGUGGAUCUUACUACUUCAAGAAUUUGA